GUCAGCGUUCUCUUCCGCCGCUGUCGCCGCCAUCCUUGGCGCGACUCGCCUCGUUUGGUUCUACCUGGGAGAAUCCACCGCCAUCCGCCACCAUGGUGAACUUCACGGUAGACCAGAUCCGUGCCAUCAUGGACAAAAAGGCCAACAUCCGAAACAUGUCUGUUAUCGCCCAUGUGGAUCACGGCAAGUCCACACUAACAGACUCCCUGGUAUGCAAAGCUGGCAUCAUCGCCUCCGCCCGGGCUGGGGAGACCCGCUUUACUGACACCCGGAAGGACGAACAGGAACGCUGCAUCACCAUCAAGUCUACUGCCAUCUCCCUCUUCUAUGAGCUCUCAGAGAAUGACUUAAAUUUCAUCAAGCAGAGCAAGGAUGGCUCUGGCUUUCUCAUCAACCUCAUUGACUCUCCUGGGCAUGUGGACUUCUCCUCUGAGGUGACAGCUGCCCUCCGGGUCACCGAUGGUGCCCUGGUGGUGGUGGACUGCGUGUCUGGCGUGUGUGUGCAGACAGAGACAGUGCUGCGGCAGGCUAUUGCAGAACGGAUCAAACCUGUGUUGAUGAUGAACAAGAUGGACCGUGCACUGCUGGAGCUGCAGCUGGAGCCCGAGGAGCUCUACCAGACCUUCCAGCGCAUCGUGGAGAACGUCAACGUCAUCAUCUCCACCUACGGCGAGGGCGAGAGCGGCCCUAUGGGCAACAUCAUGAUUGACCCAGUCCUUGGCACUGUGGGUUUUGGGUCUGGCCUGCAUGGCUGGGCCUUCACCCUAAAGCAGUUUGCAGAGAUGUAUGUGGCCAAGUUUGCCGCCAAAGGUGAGGGCCAGCUGGGUCCUGCUGAGCGUGCCAAGAAGGUGGAGGACAUGAUGAAGAAGCUGUGGGGUGACCGGUACUUCGAUCCAGCCAAUGGCAAGUUUAGCAAGUCAGCCACCAGCCCUGAUGGGAAGAAACUACCCCGCACCUUCUGUCAGCUCAUCCUGGAUCCCAUCUUCAAGGUGUUUGAUGCAAUCAUGAAUUUCAAGAAAGAGGAGACGGCCAAGCUGAUUGACAAGCUAGACAUCAAGUUGGAUAGUGAGGACAAAGAUAAAGAGGGAAAGCCACUGCUGAAGGCUGUGAUGCGCCGCUGGCUGCCAGCAGGGGAUGCGCUGCUACAGAUGAUCACCAUCCAUCUGCCCUCGCCCGUCACUGCGCAGAAGUACCGCUGCGAGCUGCUCUACGAGGGGCCCCCGGACGAUGAGGCUGCCAUGGGCAUUAAAAGCUGUGACCCCAAAGGCCCCCUUAUGAUGUACAUCUCCAAAAUGGUGCCAACCUCCGACAAGGGCCGCUUCUAUGCCUUUGGACGCGUCUUCUCAGGGCUGGUGUCCACUGGCCUGAAGGUCAGGAUCAUGGGCCCCAACUAUACCCCUGGGAAGAAGGAGGAUCUCUACCUGAAGCCCAUCCAGAGGACCAUUUUGAUGAUGGGCCGCUAUGUGGAGCCAAUUGAGGAUGUGCCUUGCGGUAACAUCGUGGGCCUGGUGGGUGUGGAUCAGUUCCUGGUCAAGACUGGCACCAUCACCACAUUCGAGCAUGCGCACAACAUGCGUGUCAUGAAGUUCAGUGUCAGCCCUGUCGUCAGGGUGGCUGUGGAGGCCAAGAACCCCGCUGAUCUGCCCAAGCUGGUGGAGGGCCUGAAGCGGCUGGCCAAGUCGGAUCCCAUGGUGCAGUGCAUCAUCGAGGAGUCAGGGGAGCACAUCAUCGCAGGUGCUGGUGAGCUGCACCUUGAGAUCUGCCUCAAGGACCUGGAGGAGGACCAUGCCUGCAUCCCCAUCAAGAAAUCCGACCCCGUGGUCUCAUACCGGGAGACAGUCAGUGAGGAGUCGAACGUGCUGUGCCUGUCCAAGUCCCCCAAUAAGCACAACCGGCUGUACAUGAAGGCACGGCCCUUCCCUGAUGGUCUGGCCGAGGACAUCGACAAGGGGGAGGUGUCCGCUCGCCAGGAGCUCAAACAGCGGGCACGCUACCUGGCCGAGAAGUACGAGUGGGAUGUGGCUGAAGCCCGUAAGAUCUGGUGCUUUGGACCUGAUGGCACUGGCCCCAACAUUCUCACUGACAUCACCAAGGGUGUGCAGUACCUCAAUGAAAUCAAGGACAGUGUGGUGGCUGGCUUCCAGUGGGCCACCAAGGAGGGGGCGCUGUGUGAGGAGAACAUGCGGGGUGUUCGCUUUGACGUCCACGAUGUGACACUGCAUGCCGACGCCAUCCACCGCGGCGGCGGCCAGAUCAUCCCCACGGCCCGCCGCUGCCUGUAUGCCAGUGUGCUCACUGCCCAGCCACGCCUCAUGGAGCCCAUCUACCUUGUGGAGAUCCAGUGUCCAGAGCAAGUAGUUGGUGGCAUCUAUGGAGUCCUGAACAGGAAACGAGGCCACGUGUUUGAAGAAUCCCAGGUGGCUGGCACCCCCAUGUUUGUGGUCAAGGCCUACCUGCCUGUCAAUGAGUCCUUUGGUUUUACUGCCGACCUGAGGUCCAACACUGGGGGCCAGGCCUUCCCACAGUGCGUGUUCGACCACUGGCAGAUCCUGCCUGGAGACCCCUUCGAUAACAGCAGCCGCCCCAGCCAGGUGGUGGCGGAGACCCGCAAGCGCAAAGGCCUGAAGGAGGGCAUCCCAGCCCUGGACAACUUCUUGGACAAGUUGUAGGUGGUUCUUCCUUCCUUGCCUGGCGGGACUCGGCUCAGCACUCACACCGGUUUGACCACUGCACCAUGCCCGCGUUCUCUCAGAUGACAUCUCGAGACUGUCCCCACAGUGGCGCUCUGCCCAAGGUUUCUGGGGCCCACUCUGUGCCAUCACUCUGCGUUAACACUUGAUGCUGUUUCCCUCUAUUUAUUUUGGGGUUCCAGAGGCAGCAGAAAUACCCUUUUCUGCAGGGACGUUCAUAGCCCGAUGGGGUGGGGAGGUGGGCAGGACACCCAGUGCUUUAUCAUUUCAUCAGAGGGAAACUCAAAUUCAGAUAUCCCAAAUUUUAAAAUAAAUACAUUAAAGGUUUAUUUGGGUAAAUGGCCCAAAGUGGCUUUUCCCUAGAAGGAACAGGUGGGCAGGUGUUCCCCUGUGCUGACACCAUGGCCACCUCCAGCUGUACUUGUGCCAUUGGAAUAAUAAAUACGAUGGUGGUGACCUUGGG